UAGGAACGCUUCUCAGCAGCUGCCCGCCCGGGGCUCCACUUCAGACCCGAGGACCCAGCAGGCUCGCUGGGCAAGUGGCCUGCCUGGAAAGGACCCGUCGGAAAACAUCCCGUCCCUGGAGUCUGAAGUCCUUGUUUCUACCUCAAGAUGAGUCCCUUGUAUGUUAGGAAGGUUCUCACCAGCUUGACUUUUCUCAACCAGAAUACCCCUAGGUUGGGCUGCUUCCCUGCUGCCUGGCUUCAGGGGCUGUUUUAUAACGUGAGGUUGCAGGGUGAGCCACUAAGAAGAUUCCAUCCGGGUUGGGACAGGCUGGGCAAAGCAGACAGCGUGAUUUCAACAGGAAUAAAGCUUAGAUUUGGGCGGAAUGGGGACCUGGACCGUUGGUUCUGCAGCGUGGUCUGUGUGCUCUGUUUUCAUCGGCACCCACGGGGCCCCUGGAGCACACGAGACACGUUCCUGCCCCCUGGGUCCUCAAGCUUCAGGGAGACAGGCAGGCAUGUGCACGUGGGUUUGGAUGGGAUGGCACCGGCUGCCCCUCGACACCGUCUUCGGUGUUGAGGCUCGAGGCCCUCGUGUCCUGCCCAUGCCCUGAACAGGCAUCCUCCCCAGGUGGUCGGGUAAGAUGGGACCCUGUUCACAGGAACUUUUGGAUGCCCCCUCGUUUGUGGGACCUUCCUUGGCAACACUUGUGUUCCUGGGAUGAGGUGUGGCCCCUGCUUUCCAGGACCCCACCCCAUAGCUCCUGGUGUGCAUGACCACCCCAGGACCCUGUCUGCCGCCGAGGGUCCAGGCAGCAGGGUCUGGUGGGGUCAGAACAGGAUGGCCUCGUGUGGAUGGAUGCAUCACGCCAGUCCACGUCCUACAGUAACACACGGGGGAAGGAAGACUGGUCCCACAGGCCCGCUCAGCAUCUUUCAGGGGGGGCAUGCGAGGUGGAGGUCCCUGAUGUUUUCUGGAAGGGUUCACAGUUUGGAAGGGGCAAGGAGCUGAAUGCCAGUUUGAAACCAACUGACAGGCAUUGGUUUAAUUUGCAAACAUGAAGUAUGGGCAUGCAAAUUCACAGGCAGGUAAAUUGAGGGGUCCCCCCAAGACUUUCCCCCCACAAGACACCUCCCUCGGUGUGCGUGGGUGAGAUUUCCCCAACUCCUCUGGAGAUGGCCGGGCCUGUCGCUCGGCGCUCCAGGGAGGCCAGAGUGGGCAGCCAAGACCCUCGAGAUCAGCACAGUGUGAGAAGGCUCAGUGGCCGUGGACGGGAGCUCUGGAAUGUGAGCUGGGCCUCCCCAAGGCGGAGGGUCCACACCGCCCUUCAAAAGCAGGCCGUCUGGGGAGGGCAACACGGGCAGGGCAACGAGGGACACGCGAGGAGGCCCUGUUCUCUCGCCCUUGACUCGGGCUGGGUGGAGGGGAGCAGCCCUGGAGGGCAGGCACCCCCGAGCACCCCUACCCCACCCCAUUCCCCAGGGUGGCCUGCCUGGCCCUGGCCAUCCUCUGUCCCCUGAGGAUCCCCCUGGAACCUGCACCAGACACAGGCCGGUGAAGACCAGCAGGGGCAAUGAGAGUGCGUUUCGGUUCCUGGCUGUGCUGCCGGUCCUGGGGAUGCUGGGAGCGGGGUGGACAGGGGUGGACAGGGGUGGCCGCACUGAGCAGGUGACUCGGCGGAUGAGGGGACACAGACGAGCUGGGCGGUUUCAGGUACACGAGGACCUGAAGGGAGGCACAGGCUGACAGAGCCCAGAGCCCGGAUGGGCCAGCCCGGGGGGGCACUUCCAGAGGGGCUCAGGUAAAAGGAGGGGGGGCAGAGCACGGGCUUUCACCCUAGUCGGGGGUCAGCCAGCCCCAACAGACAUCACAGCAGGCACAGUAGAUAUGACAGCCUCACGGCCUCCUCUAGAUACAGAUGCAUCCUCCCUGCAGGAGGGGACCUCCAAGUUUGCCAACCUGGAGAUAAACACCGAGAGGCCAGAAGCCCCGAAGGCCUGGAGAGCAAGGGCCUGAGCCCUCCCCUCCUGCUGCCGCGGUGACGACUUGCCCAUUAGCCCUGACCUUUCCUGGGGUCUGGCAGGGUCGUUCCCUGAGUGGUUGGCGUCCCAGGGGCCUGGAAGAGCCGGGUUCAGGGGGGGAUUUGGGCCCAGGGUGGCUGAGGGCAGGUGCAUCACACCACCAACUCGGGCCAGAACAGGCUCACGGUGAGUGUAGGCGUGCAGGGGUCUCUAGAAUCGGGCCUGCAGGUGGCUGGGGCCAGAUGCCACCUGGGGCCACUGCCCAGGGUCCAGCCCAGGACUUUGCCUCCAGUGGCCAGUCCCAACCCAAGGAGCUGGGCUCCUCCCUUCACCCACCAGUGCUCCCAGGCCUGGCCCUGGCCACGUGCAAAGCCAAUUCUUUCUAUACCGUUGCAUCUCAACAUAUGAGCCUGAAUAUUCUCACACUGUUUUUUGACCUGUCCCUCCUUUGUCCGAAAAUCAGCCCAUGUAUGAAAAUGAGUCAGCCCUGAACCUGUAUGAGACCUGCAAGGUGCGGACCGUGAAGGCAGGCACGCUGGAGAAGCUGGUGGAGCACCUGGUGCCCACCUUCCAGGGCAGCGACCUCUCCUAUGUCACCAUCUUCCCGUGCACCUACCAAGCCUUCACCACCACCCAGCGGGUCCUGGACCUGCUGUUGCAAAGCCGGAGGGUCAGCCAGUAACACUAGACGUCAUAGCAGGUACGGUAGAUGUGACGCCCUCACGGCCUCCUCUAGAUACGGGUGCAUCCUCCCUUAUUCCAGCGAGGACGGCGGACCUCAGGACCAACUGAAAAAUGCCGUCUCCUCCAUCCUGGGCACCUGGCUGGACCAGUACUCCGAGGACUUCUGUCAGCCCCCGGACUUCCCAUGCCUCAAGCAGCUGGUGGCCUACGUGCAGCUCAACAUGCCCGGCUCCGACCUGGAGCGCCGCGCCCACCUUCUCCUGGCCCAGCUGGAGCGCACAGAGCUCACCAAGGCAGAGCCGGAGGGUGAGGAGCGGGGUCGGUGCUGGACACGCAGGAGCCCCCGGGGCUGCCUCGGACUGCCCACGUGGGGACCGCUGGCGGGGAGACGUCCUGUCUCAGAUCCUGGCUGGAGCCUCUGUAAAAGGCCGCGGGCUGUUUCCUUUGCUUGCAAAGGCACGUGUGUGAGGCAGGCACGUGGAUCUCCUCCUGCACCUUCACUGCCAUCUCAGGAUCUAGAGCUGGCUCGAGCACCAGCCCCUGUGCAAUCUGAAGACCUAGAUCCAGCUGCAGAAGCAGCAACAGAACUAAAGCCAGAUCCAGAGCUGGAGGCGUUUCCAUCAGUGGCUGGAGGGACACCUUGAGCGGCGGCACCGGAGUGGGAGCCAACAUCACAAUCAGUUGCAUCAACACCUCUGCCUCCAGGGCCCGCGGCUGCACCUGCUCCGGAGGAGACCCAGAGCCGGCUCGGCACCCACUACCCCUGCGGGGAGAACGAGCUCUGGCGCCACGCUCAGCGUCAGCUCCUGACCCACUUCUACCCGCUCCCCCCACCCCCAAACUUCCCUUCCCCUCCCCUGUUACUGUUUCUGAUUUGGUUUUUAAUUUUAUGUUUUCAUUUCACAUUAUUUAUGGUGUCUUUUACGUCUUCAUAUAACCAAGUUUAAUUUUUUAAAUUUGAAAUUGUGCAUUUCAGGAGCAUCGAGUAUAUUCACAGUUCUGUGCAACCUUCCCCAGGGUCUCGGGCAGACUGUUUCACUCCCCAGAAGGAAUCCCUGAGCCAGAGCGCUCAUGCCCCAUUCCUCUCUCCCCCAGCCCCCGACAACCUGUAAUCUGCUUUCUGUCUCUGUGUCUUUACUUGUUCUAGAUGUUUCCUAUAAAUGGAAUUAUACAAGGUGGCUUUCUGUGUAGGCCACAUAUUUUAAGAGGGGAGUAGUUAAUUUUUGUUUUCUUUUUUUACUUCAAAAUAGCAUUUUUAUUAUAUGAAAGGGAAAUGCCAGAUGGAUUAAAGAUGGGAUGUA